CACGGAUUUGCCACCAGUUCUUUUCAUUGUAUUCACUGCUUUUAAAAACCCCACUCUUCGACCCCACUCUUCUCGUCUUCCAAUUUCCCUCCCUACUUCGUUCCCAUCGCCUGCCACCGGAAAAGUCUUCCUCACCAACCAUGGACCUGAAACUCUGGGAGACCUUCAAAGAGGCAAUCGCAACUUACCCGUCCCUAUCUCCGGCGACUCUGUUCACGGUUGCCGCACUUCUCCUCGCCCUUUAUUAUGUCGCUUCUGCGCUCUUCGGCUCCUCCGAUCAUGCCGACCGCCGGAUGGACAGGGAGCCGGAGGAGGAGAUGAAGCCUCUGCCCCCGCCGGUUCAGGUUGGGGAGAUCAGCGCGGAGGAGUUGAAGCAGUAUGAUGGCUCCGAUCCUAACAAGCCUCUGCUUAUGGCCAUCAAGGCUCAGAUCUAUGAUGUCUCUCAAAGCAGAAUCUUUUACGGACCAGGGGGACCUUACGCUUUGUUUGCGGGGAAGGAUGCUAGUAGAGCUCUUGCUAAGAUGUCCUUUGAGGAGAAGGACCUCACGGGUGACAUAUCCGGGCUUGGCCCAUUUGAGCUAGAGGCCUUGCAAGACUGGGAGUACAAGUUUAUGAGCAAAUAUGUGAAGGUUGGAACUGUGAAGGACCAAGUCGCAGAAACUGAAGCAACUGCUUCUUCUCAUCAAGAAACUGAGAGUGCUGAGGCCGUUAAGCACGGAGAAGAUGUCUUGCCAGAGAAUGGGGAUGCUAAGGACAAUGUGCCACCAGAAAGCAAUGUUGCUUCAGAAACUGUUGGCACUUCUCAUGGCAUUCCAGACAAAGAGUAGGCCAAGGAAAAUAGCUUUUUUCUCAAUGGAGAGCUCUAUAGUAAUACUUCAAUGUUUUCCCAUCAUCUUUUUUUCUUUUAAAAACUUUAAAUUUAGUCUAGAAUGCUUCUACAGACUGCUGGUAAGAAUCUCGUUGACAUUUGGCCGGUUUACGGCAAUAAUAAUAUAUCAAUGCAAACAUUUUACAUCUUUUCGAGAAAAUUACUGAAAACCUUUUAGAAAUCUCUUCCCCAUUAAAAUAAAACAUGCAUA